AUGGACGAAAGUUUGAUUCCUCUGCCGUGUUUAAUUCUGUUCAUAUUAAUUUAAGCCUGUGGUUCGAAGCAGGUCGACUUGUUUCAUCCUUGUAGCUGAUGAUUAAUGUUUAUCAAGGUGUCGCUUUAAGAUGUGUUUUUUUUUUUCCUGCUUUAACUUCUUUUUGAAGGCCUUGCUUGCUGUCAUUGGUCUGUCGUGUCACCGGUGUGAAAUCCGAUGUGGGUGACGCAGGGCUGGGGGUGUGGGUUUCGUCUGAAAACGAUGCUCAGGGUUGCGAGCUGUUUUCCUCUCGAAACGGGUGGCUUUUCUAAAAACUGAUUCGGAAGACAAAAAAAAAUGUGAAGUUUCCAGGCUUGUCGAAAUGGAAUUGUACCAGGACACCGGGGAGGCUGUGUCGUCCUUGCCUGAGGACAUGAGGCCUGGCCCUGACCUCUACGGACUGCCCUGGGAAGCAGUCAUCCUCACUGCUUUUUUGGGAGGAAUGACCGUGUUGAUGUUCUUCUGUAGAUCCUGUCGUUCAGUAAAAAGCAGGUUGUAUGUUGGAAAGGAGAGGAAACUUGGAGAAAAAGUAGCAGAGCUGCUGGAAGAAAAAUGCAAAGUUCUAGAGACCCUGAGCGAGUGCAAGCUAAAAUACGAAAAACUGGAAACCACUCUGAAACACGGCGGCCUUUCAGAGCAGGCCACAGAGAAAGAGAAUCUGCAGGUCAUGUCUAAGAAACUUGAACAGUCCAAUGCGGAACUGAAAGAUGAAAUUGAGCGCUUGAAACAGGAUCUGGAUUCUCAGAAGGCCACACGGUCCCAGCAGGGGGAGCUGCUUGCUGGAAUGCAGUUAUCUUUGAAGAGCUUGGAAGAAGAGGCAAGAGAUGUGAAAUCACAGAUGGAGCAGGCACAAACAACUCUGAAAGUCUACGACAUUAACAGUGAAAGACUGAAGAAAAGUAUCCAAACAGCACUGGAAGAGAACUCUCAUCUUCACGAGAGUGAAUCUCAGCUUGCACAGGAAGCCGAGGGAUGGGAGGAGCGGCUGAGCGAACUUGCCGAGGAGCUGAAGAUGUGCGAGAGCUCUCGGAGAGACAUGCAGGCAGACAGCUCAAACAAGGAAGAGCAGAUCAAGACUCUGACGGACUGCCUGCUCAAGAUGAAGGACUGGGAUUCUGAGCUGGAGGAGGAUGCAAAUGAGGAAGAGGAAGAAGGGACGAGCACAACAGAAAACGGAGAUUUAGAUAUGCAUCAGAAGCAAAAAGUGCAGAAGCUCAUUUAUGCAGCAAGGAUGAAUGCAGAUUUAAAGUCUAUGGAGGAAGAGAAGACCAGGGUCUUUGCCAGACUUGCGGAUGAAGUGAAAACGAAAGAAGAUCUGCGAGAUCGCAUCGGGAAGCUUCAGACGGAGAAGAGCUCGCUGCAGGUUGAAAGUGCCAAGUACACUGACGAAACGCAGAAACUCCAGCAGAAACUGCAGAUCAUGACUGAGAUGUACCAGGAAAAUGAACUCAAAUUACACAGAAAGCUGACGGUGGAGGAGAAGGAACGCUUGCAGAAGGAGCAGAAGCUCACAAAAGCCGAUGAGAAGAUCAGCCUGGCAGCAGAGGAGCUCAACACGUACAGGCAAAGAACCAAGGACCUUGAAGAAGAAUUGGAAAGGACAUACCAGGCCUAUAAAAAUCAGAUUUCAUCGCAUGAGAAGAAGGCACACGAUAACUGGCUGGCAGCGCGAGCAGCAGACCGAGACCUGGGUGACAUCAAGAGAGAGAACUCCCACCUCCGGCAGAAGCUGACAGACGCGCAGUUCAGACUGGAACUGGUGGAGAAGGACCCUUAUGCGCUGGAUGUUCCCGGGCGGCCCCUGUUCAGAGGUGAGAGGUCCCCCUUUGGCCCCUCUCCGCUGGGACGGCCUUCCUCGGAGACCAGGGCCUUCCUGUCCCCUCCCACGCUGCUGGACGGGCCGGCGCGACUCUCUCCACAGUUUCCCGGCGGGCCUGGGGGCAGAGCAUCGAGAGGUCCUCCAGUUCUUAGUGAAGGUCUGGACUGUGACAGGAUUUUGGAAAACCACGGCUCUCACUCUGACAGUGGAUCAUUGUCUCCUACAUGGGAAAGAGACAGGAGGGUCCAAGUGCCCCCACCAGGAUAUCCGUACCCAGACCCCAACGUUCCCUACCGGAGGCCACCUCCCAUGCCCACGCUGCCUCCCAGACUGCCAGGUCCUGCUGAACCACAUGGGUACAACCCACAGCCAGCGGACAGACCCGCAGAGGCAUCGUUUCCUGAAAACAGUUCGGAUACUUCAGGGGUAGCAGAAGGCGAGAGUAAAGACAGCUUCCUGUCUAUACCUGGUGACCCGCGUGUUCCCCCGGAU